UUUUUUUUUUAAGGAAAAAUAUGUAUAAAACUCGUAUCACAUUUUCUUAUUUUAAACCUUUUCUCUACCGAUCCUUUUCUUCUUCUUUUUCUUCUUCUUCUUUUACUUCUUCGACAAUGACACUAAAAAAGGAACGAGUAUGUAUCAUUGGUUCUGGUAAUUGGGGAACAACCAUAGCGAAAAUUAUUGGUGAAAAUGUCCAACGACACAAUCAACUAUUUGAACAAGAAAUACGACAAUGGGUAUUUGAAGAAGAUUAUCAAGGUCAACCAUUAACGCGGGUGAUCAACACAACACGAGAAAAUCCAAAGUAUCUUGCAGGAAUUCGUUUACCUGACAAUAUUAUUGCUGAACCCGAUCUUAUCAAGGCAUGUCGUGAUGCAACCGUACUUGUGUUCGUCCUUCCUCAUCAAUUUGUACGUGGGGUCUGUGAUGAUCUUGUCACAUCUUCGUUUUCUCCUGAUACCAAGGCCAUCUCAUUGAUCAAGGGACUGGAUAUCAAACCGAAUGGGAUCACUUUAUUUUCAGAAGAAAUCGGGCGUAGGUUACAUCUCAAGGAUGUCGCGGUGCUGUCUGGGGCCAACAUUGCUUCCGAGGUCGCGCAAGAACAUUUCUGUGAAACCACCAUUGGUAGUCGAGCCGAUGGUCAACUGUUUUAUCAACUCUUCAAUACCCCUUACUUUAGAGUCAAUGUGAUUCGUGAUUAUGUUGGUGUCGAAUUAUGUGGUGCUUUGAAGAAUGUCGUAGCCGUGGCAGCUGGUAUAUCUGAUGGAUUAGAUUAUGGAUCCAAUACAAAGGCAGCUUUGAUUCGAAUUGGAUUGAUGGAAAUGAGGAAAUUUGGAAAAUCAUUUUUUGGUGGUGUAGAGGAUAAUACUUUUUUUGAAUCGUGUGGUGUGGCGGAUCUGAUGACAACUUGUUCUGGCGGUCGCAAUAGAAAAGUGGCCGAAGCUUUUGCAAGAACUGGAAAACCUAUGGAUGUAUUGGAAAAGGAAUUACUAAAUGGACAGAAACUACAAGGUGUACUCACUGCGGCAGAGGUGUAUCAAUUUUUGACGGCUAGAAAAAUGAACCAUGAAUUCCCUUUAUUUGAUGCUGUUUAUCGAAUCAUUUAUCAAGGUGCUCCGUUGGAUACAUUGAUCAAACUAUAGAUUAUAUCCUCUUUUAUUUCAUCAUAUAACUCUUUUUUUUUUUGUUAUUAUUAUUAUAUAUAUAUCAAUAAAAUUUAUUAUAUAGAAUAUGACCUUUUUUUUUUUAAAUAUAG